AACUUAUUAAAUAGAUGUGGAUGUGACAGAGUGUCGCAUGCUGAAUAUCUUUUGCAAUUCACUGGGACUGCUCCGCCAUUUUCGCUUUCUGAGCAAGAUGUCCUCUCCUCUUUACUCUUCUUCUGUUCCGUUGCUGGACGACACAAAAGAGUUGUGCAAACUCACGAAGCAGGGUUUGAUUUCGAGGGUGUUGCAGCUGCAGGAUCACAUUGAGAGUUCAUCUGGGUCAAAGAGCCACCAGGCCAGUAUGAAGCGGAAAGUCGCACCGGCCAGACCAUUCUCAUUCGCGAAGUGUGGUAAAAGAAGAGUCGCUCUAAAGUUCGCGUACUUAGGGUGUGACUACGACGGAUUCGCUUGUCAAACAACCACUGAAAAAACUAUCGAGCACCAUGUUCUGGAGGCCUUGAAGAGAACUAGACUGAUACCCGAAAAUGAAAACUGUUUCUACAGCAAGGCUGGCAGAACCGACAAAGGCGUGAGUGCCCUAGAACAAGUCAUAUCUUUAAACAUCAGAAGCAACUUGAUCAACGUCGGAAGUUCUUAUGGUGAAUCGAACUCGGAUUCGGCUGCAAAAGAUAACAUCGAUCGUCAAAUUGUUCAAGAAAAUGGCGGACAUCUGACAGAUACAAAUAUAGCAUUAAAAGAUUUCAUCGAGCCAAUGCAGACAGAUACAGAUGAAGAAACGAGCGAGUUUAACAAGGAACUGAAGCAUGUUUUUGUGGACAGAAUCCCGCUUCCUGAUUGGUCAGAAAUAGACGAGAACUGUCCAAUAGAAGGAGAGAUCAGUUAUUUGAAUAUUCUGAACCGGAACACGCCAUCUGAUAUCAUGUUUUAUGCAUGGGCUCCGGUUCCGAAGGAUUUCACUGCUAGAUUCCAUUGUUCAUACAGACAGUACAAGUAUUUCUUCCCGAAGUGUCAACUAGACCUAGAGCUGAUGAGGGAAGCUGCCUCGCUUUUGGUCGGGAAGAACAACUAUCAAAACUUCUGUAAAAUUGACAGAACUAGGCAGCAGAUGUUUGAAAGGUCAAUUUGGGAAGUUAACAUUGAAGAAGUGCAAAAGAACAGUGAAAAUGACUCGCUGACCAAGUGUUGUUUCACUGUGAAGGCCGAGGGAUUUCUCUACCACCAAGUCAGGUACAUGAUGAGUGUCCUGUUCAGUGUCGGACUCAAACAGGAAGCGCCACAUGUGGUUUCCGAUCUCCUAAAUUUGGAUGUAAUCCCUGAGAAACCGCAAUACAUGAUGGCUUCAGAAUUGCCUCUGAUAUUACACGAGACCGGGUUUCCCAAUGUCAAAUGGAUCCAUGAUGAAGAUGUGUUGGUUUUUCUGCUGAAAAGUGGUCGCAAAAUGUGGACUGAUAACUUCACUAAGCAGAGUUUGACCGAGACAAUUAUUGAAAAGCUUACUUCAAUUUCAAAUGUCACAAGCUCCAAAGAUCUUGCCCUGGAGCAAAGCGGAGUGUUCUCUUUAACGCACUCGAAGGGAGCGUAUGUUCCGAUCAAAAGCAGACAAACUCGAAAAAAUGUAGCUGCAAAUGUUUCUAAGAAGAAUAGAAAACGAAGCCGAUCACAAUCCAAAGACUGAAUAAAAAUUUCUAGUUGCUCUAUGAAGAGAACAAGUUGUUUCGACCGUUUUUAUGUAGCAAAAGAAAACUGCAAAUAUGCCCGGAUUGGAUUGUUUAUUGAUUAUUUUCUGGGUUAAAUUGAAUCCAAGUGUGGAAUAUUAGCAACGUCUAAUGAAUGAGUCGAUAUAGUUGGAAGUAGUACUACAACAAAAACGGCCAAAAAAUUGAA